AUUUUUAUGCGUAUUGGAUUAAACUACAUUUUGGCUAGCAUCCGGUUUCAAUACUAAUCCAGUUCAUCGACAAAUACAUCGCAAGCAAUCAUGUCGUUUCCCGUGGUCUUCACCUUCGAGGGAUCUGCACGACAUGAAGUGCUUUUCAUCAGUCCGCAAACCAAACUUGCGCUACUCAAGCAAGAUAUCAUGGCAUGCCGGGACUCUCCCAACUGUCAGGAGCUCUUGUCCAAGUACAACCGAUCGCAGAGCGAAGAAGUGACGAAGCUCACGGUCCGCUGGGCACGAGAGGGACGGGAUCCCAAGAUUUUCCCGUCAUCUACGAUCAUCACUGAUCAGAAUUGCGAGGCGGUUUUCGCGCUGAUGCAGGUCGGAGUUGGGAAGGAUGUUUUGGAGGUUCGGAUAGGUGAAGCCGAAUAAAAUGAGCUACUGUUGGAGUUGAGGAUGGGGAAAAGAUUAGGAGUUGAAGACUGAGGAUCUACGGGGGAUUGUUUUGUCACGGAGCUGUCAUCUCAUCUGGAUAAUUAGGAUCUGUAUUCUGUUAUGUAUCCUUUCGGCGGCUAAGCUUGUAAGACGAUGGAAUCAAUAUCAUUUUGUUCAUC